CCUAUAAUCAUUCCGUUAUCCUUAUCUAUCGCUCUAUCGCUCCCACUAUCAACAUGUCGUACUCCAUCUUCUGCGUCGGACACCCAUUAAUUGACAUGCAAGUUCGGGAAGCAGAAGAUCUUCUAGCUAAAUAUAACUUGAAUGCCAACGACGCUGUUCUUGCUGGCGUUGAACACGAGUCGAUCUACGACGAGCUGGUACGAGAGCGUCAGGUCGUUUAUGUGGCAGGCGGAGCGGCGCAGAAUACAGCUAGAGGCGCAGCGUAUAUUCUUCCUCCGAAUUCGGUGGCAUUCGCUGGAUGUGUCGGUGACGAUAAUUUAGCUGAACAGCUCAGAGCAGUGAACAGACAUGAUGGAGUAUUAGACGUUUAUCAAGUUAAGAAAGGGCAGAAAACGGGAGCGUGUGCUGUCUUGAUAAGUAAUGGGCACCAUAGGUCUCUGGUCACUACUCGGCGCUCGUCGAAUGAUCUUGAUGAAGAACACUUCUGGUCGCCGACCGUGGCGCCUUUGAUCAACUCGGCCAAAGUCAUUUAUCUCGAAGGUUUUCUUCUCACAUACAGACCAGAGGUUUCGAUAAGUUUAGGCAAGAAGGUGUCUGAGGCUGGGAAGAUCCUUGUGCUCAAUCUAUCUGCACCAUAUAUACCUCGGUCAUACAAUGCUCAAAUCCAAGAAAUCGCGCCAUAUUGUGAUAUCAUCAUCUCCAAUGAAGCAGAAGCGGAAGCAUGGGCAGCCUCCAACGACCAUCCAGAUCCCACCAAUAUGCCGGCGGUCGCGAAAGCUAUUGCAUUACUCCCCAAAGCCAACGCUACUCCGCCCAGAAUCGUAAUCAUUACCCACGGCGCCCACUCUACGACACUAGUAUCUGCAGAUACCCCUGAUUCUCCGAAGACAUAUCCUGUGCAUCCAUUGAAGGAAGAAGAGAUCGUAGAUACGAAUGCAGCUGGAGAUGCGUUUUCCGGUGGAUUUUUGGGUGCGUAUGUGUCGGAGAAAAGUAUAGAUGUGUGUAUAGAAACUGGCCAUAGACUUGCUGCGAUGUGCAUUGGGCAGGAGGGCCCGCAGUUCAAGUGGCCAAAGGUGAAGAUUUUGUAGAGGAAAGCGAUGAGAGAUAGCAAUGUUUCUAGUCGCUGAGAGCAUCAUUCCAGGUUGACUCGUCACUAGGGUGAAAGGUAGUACAAAUCGAGUGACGCGUGGCAAAUACUUUGGGAACCAGGGUUGUCUACAAUUAUUCCUUGUAAUAAAUGUUGUGUAAGUAUAGCAAUGUAUGAACUGCGGUUGACGGAGGGGAUCGAAUAUAGUGCAGGGUCACAAUGUCACGAAAUUGCACGUGUACAUGUG